UUUUUUAAUUUAGGAGAAAAAUAAAAUAAAAAAGACUUGUAUUAUAAAAGUUUGAAAAAGCAAUGACAGACAAUAAAGAUGCUGAACAGACCGAGGGCCGUAUUUGUAAAAUGAUUCUAGAAGGAGGUUACGAAUGUUGUAGUUCUAUUACAAAUGUUCGAGAACUACUUUCUACAGUUACUGAAAUCACUGAAAAGGAAGUAGCUGAAACUAUUGGUUGUAUGGCAAGGACACAUACAAAUAUGACAGGCGUAGGCAAUGGCACAACCAACAAGGAUACAACUUGGAGAGUAGAUAACUUUGUCAUAUUAAUCGACGAAAAGGUCCCUAGCUUGGAUUGGAUAAAAGUCUUUGAAUGCUUAGAUUAUGAACAUUUCUUUCUAUAUGAUUCGAAAGGCUUAGAUAUGCUAAUAGCUGCCUGGAAGUUUUCUAAACAGGGAAACGAUCCAUUUCCAGCAAACGUGUUUUUCGGACAGUGGAAAAAUUUAAAGGGACAGCUCAGUGCUCUAUAUCAAAUGACUAAUGCCCCUACUGAUUACGUUAAUCUACCCGCAUGCUCAAAAAGAAAAGUGAUGGAAGUAGAUGACUUUUCUACAGCUAAUGCCAGUAACCGUACCUUGGCUACUCAACUCGUAAAAGAACAACUGAAUUCACUGGACUUGAUUGAAUGUGUUAUCAAGAUGGCUGAUACUGCUGUAGUUGAUGAUGUUAAGGUUUUUCUUGAAAUGAUGGUAAAUAAGAGUCCUGAACUUGUUUUUAUGGGUUUACUACAAAUUGAUCCACUUGCAAAUAAGGUCCACGAAGACUUAUUCGCGAGACUUAUCGUUUACUAUUUCACGGGAAAUGCAAGCAGUGUCUUUGUCUUUACCAAAUUUUGGAAGGCAAAACCUGAAUUGUUUAAAAAGAACAUUCUUGAACUUUAUAAUAACGAUCCAACUGCUUUAACAAGAAUCCUAGCGUUUGUUCAUGAAUUAAAGAUUUUGCCAGCUAUUCUUGAUCUUCAACCAUUCUUAUUCACCAUCGACUUGGCUGCUCUAGCAGCUCGUCGAGAAUACCUAAACCUUGAAAAAUGGCUUCAAGAUAAAAUUAAGGAAAAUGGUGACGUAUUUUGUAAAGCAUGCUUAGCAUUCCUUGGUAGCAAAAUUAGAGCUGAAUUGACUAGACAAGAGACACAAUCAGCUCCAAUUACUGUACCAUUAUCUAUGGACGUCGUCAAUGUCUUUAUAAAAGUGCUUGCUGAAAGCAAUAUUGAUACAAGUGAAAAAGAAAUACUACGUGAUAUUCAAGCAGGAUAUAUAAAGAUUAAUCAAAAGGGCCCCACUGUUGCCACCACUCCUGUUGCUACUGCCGGAGUAGUUCCAUUAGUACCAGAACCUGCACUCAGAAAGACCCCUUCAAAAACCCCUGCUCCUACAGCCAACGUUGUAACCUUUAAACAGGAGAUUGAAGAUGAAGCAAAUUCAUAUUAUGAAAAAAUCUAUAGUGGAGAGAUAUCAAUAGAAGGAAUGAUUGAAAAACUUCGGAAAUUUAGUCAAUCCAGAGAUCCUCGAGAAAACGACAUAUAUGCAUGCAUGAUUCAUAACUUAUUGGAUGAAUACAACUUCUUCCCAAAAUACCCAGAGAAAGAACUUACAAUCACAAGUAUUUUAUUUGGUCAACUAAUACAGCACAGACUGUUUACAUACGCUACUCUUGGAUUAGCACUACGUUAUGUACUUGAUGCCUUGGGACAUGUACCAGGUACCAAAAUAUACAGAUUUGGUUUAACAGCCCUUACACAAUUCCAAUCACGAUUACCUGAAUGGCCACAAUACUGUUUUCAUUUAACUCAAGCACCUGCUCUUCAGUUAACUAAUCCAGAAAUUGUCAACAUGAUAAAGCAAGCUAUGCAAGUAGGAAGGUUACAACAGCAACAUAUGCAGCAGCAACCUCCACAACCAAAUAUUAUGGAUGGUCAGCCCAUUCCCAGCUUACCUUCAUCAUCAGCUAGUAUUCCUCCAGAGAAGUUGAAAAGCAUAGUACCGCAAACAUCUGUGUUUACAGCUAUAUGCGUACCAGAUAUUUCAAAGGACAAGGAUGAGAGUGUUAUGUAUGAGACUCCAAAUGAAGCAACGCAAGAUAAGAUACUGUUUAUCAUCAACAAUGUUGCACACAAUAACUUGCAAACCAAAUCUAUUGACCUCAAAGAUGUUCUUCAACAGUCUGCGUAUCAGUGGUUCAGCAACUAUUUGGUAGUGAAACGAGCUAGCAUAGAACCCAACUAUCAUGAUCUCUAUCUACUACUUUUGAAGUCUGUGGAUAGUCCUUUAUUAUACCACCAUGUACUACGAGAGACGUAUUCCAAUAUCAAGAUUUUGUUAAAUUCAGAUAACACAGUAUCUUCAUCGACUGAACGAACAUUAUUGAAAAACCUUGGUUCUUGGCUAGGCGGUAUGACUUUGGCUCAAAAUAAGCCUAUCAAGCAGAAGCAUAUCUCCUUUAAAGAUCUCCUUCUUGAAGGCUAUGACAGCAGUCGUUUAAUCGUGGUUAUUCCAUUUGUUUGUAAAGUGCUUGAACAAGGCAAGAAGGGUAAAGUGUUUGUGCCUCCUAAUCCCUGGGUCAUGGCUAUUCUUAAACUGUUGGUGGAACUUUAUCAAAAUGCAGACCUCAAACUGAAUCUUAAAUUUGAGAUUGAAGUCUUGUGCAAGAUUUUAUCCAUAGAAUUGAACACAAUUCAGCCAACAAUGAUAUUAAAGAACAGGAAGCCAAAGAAGCCACAAUCACAAGCGACAGCAGUUGUUGCAAAACCGGAAAGCUCACCAUAUGCUAUUUCAAGGCCACCUAUUACCAAUCUUAUCGCACAAUCACCAGUCGCUACUUCUGCAGGAUUGGAUAAAAUGGAGGAUGAAUUCAUUCAACUUCCCAACUUAGGCCCCUACUUGAUUUUUAAUUCUCAAAUAGUUCUAUACGCGGCUCAACCCAAUUCCAAACGCUGGACGUUACAGGCUAUUAAGCAGUCCAUUUUUGACAUCAUUGGACCUGUUGUGGAAAGAUCGGUGGCCAUUGCUUCGGUAUCCACACGUGAAUUAAUCUUGAAGGAUUUUGCAAUGGAAUCUGAUGAAAACAAGAUGAGAAAGGCAGCUCAUCUAAUGGCAAGAAGUCUUGCUGGUAGCUUAGCUAUGGUGACUUGUAAAGAACCGCUUCGUGCAAGUAUGAUAAAUCAUCUCAGAAAUACCUUUGUAUCCAAUGGCUUAAGUGAAGUUGCUGCUGAACAAGCUGCAGCAUUGACUGCUUCAGAUAAUUUGGACUUGGUAUGCACAGUCAUUGAAAAGACAGCCAUGGAAAAAGUAAUUGUGGAAGUGGAUGAAAUAUUGCUUAAUGCUUAUGCCAGCCGCAAGAAGCACCGAGAACAGCAACAACAACGUGGUAAUCCUCAACCAUACUUUGAUAUGGACAUAUUUUCUGUUUCAAGGUUUCCUGCUACACUCCCUGAACCUUUACGUCCUAAACCCAAUGGAAUUCACACCAACCAGCUUCGUAUAUAUGAAGACUUUUUACGUGUGCCAAGACUGGCUCCUCAAGCACCUGCUGGACAGAUGGUAGAGCAACCAACACUGGAACAACAACAACAACAACAACAGCAGCAGCAGCAGCAGCAACAGCAGCAACAGCAACAACAACAACAACAACAACAACAGCAGCAGCAACAGCAGCAACAGCAACGUUUACUGCGUAAUAACAUUGCUCCUGGUGGAAGCAUGAUACACCCCGAGCUACACUCUGGAUAUAACAAUGGUCUUAUUUCUUUGCUAGAGCAGCAACAAGUCAGUGCACACCAAAUCUUGGAAAGGUUUGCACAGUACAUUAGUGAUUUGGAGAAAUUGAUCAGUGUGACAAAUGUCCCUAGCUUCGGCCACCUGCCCUUACAGCAUGAUAUUAUUACUAUUAUUCAUCAGAUACCUUUGCUCGCCUUGUCAAGCUUUGAUAAAGCAGAAGCAGCACGCACUUUCGCUCAAAAGGUUGUUCAAUUGCUUUAUAAAAGCGAAACGCAACUAGGCCGUGAAGUUUAUGUUGUCCUUCUUGAAAGAUUAUGCGAAGUAUCACCCAAUGUUGGAGUUCUUGUUACUUCUUGGUUAACGCAUGCAGAUGACGAGCGUAAAUACAAUGUACCUGUGACUGUAGCUUUGAUCAAAGCCAGCCUUAUUAACUUACCUGAACAAGACCAAGAACUGGCCACACUAAUUGAUAGUGGUCGUAUAAGCGCUAUUGAUUUUACUGCUCGAUUGAUUCGUGCUUGUUUAUAUGAAGAAGGCGGUUUAGCAACUCGCCAAGACUUUAUGGCAUCUUUAGAAGCACUAAGCAGAUUACGAGGAAAUGUGCCCGAAAGCGUAUUGUUUUUAAUGGAAGAAAUGCGUAGACGCUCUGUUCCUGGUAGUACGGCCGCUCCUGUCACACUGCAACAGCAUCCUAUGUUGCCUCAAGGUCUAUCUGAUGAAGAAAUUGCCAUUCGCGAACAGAUGCAUGUUUUAUUCAGUGAGUGGAUUAGACUCUAUCAACACCCUACUAGCACCGACAAAAUAUUGAAAGUGUUUGUCACUCAACUUUCACAGCAAAACAUUUUCAAGAUGGAAGACAUGUCUUCGCUCUUUUAUCGUACUUGUAUUGAAGCCUCCGUCGAACAUGCUGUCAAACAUAAGCAACUGCUUAAUCAGCCUGUCGGUCUUACUUAUUUGCCAAUUGAUGCCCUUUCCAAGUUAAUUGUUUGCUUAAUGGAACUUCCCCAACCACCUGUUGAUAAUUCAGCCAUCGGUAAAGCUGCUAUGGACUCACCAGAUAGUGCUAGAAUAGCUUUAUUUACCAAGAUUCUCUCUAUUGUUAUCCUUGUGAUUUCUCAAAUGCAUGAUCAACGUCAGCAGCAAUUUGAUCAACGUCCUUUCUUGAGAUUCUUUACCAGCUUACUCUGCGAACUUCAUUCAUCCGAACAACAACUGCAGACAGUUUACAUGUCUAUUCUCAGUGCAUUGAGCAAUACAUUCAACACACUCCAGCCUUUAAACUUCCCUGGUUUUACAUUCGCUUGGCUUCAGUUGACUUCUCAUAGAAUGUUUAUGCCCAAGUUACUGCUGGCUGAAAAUCAAAAGGGAUGGCCAAUCUUUCAACAGUUGCUCAUAUCCUUGUUCAAGUUUUUGAACCCUUUCUUACACAAAGCUAAGUUGAAAGAUACCACAAGAAUGCUAUACAGAGGAACACUCAGGGUAUUGCUUGUACUCUUGCAUGAUUUCCCUGAAUUCCUAUGCGAUUAUCAUUAUAGCCUCUGUGAUGUUAUUCCAUCAUCUUGCAUUCAACUACGUAAUUUGAUUCUUAGCGCUUUCCCUCGUCAUAUGCGUUUACCGGAUCCAUUCACGCCCAAUCUUAAAGUGGAUUUACUUCCAGACAUCAAUCAAUCACCCAAUAUCCUAUCUGAUUACACUAGUAUCUUGAAGAAGAACAACCUGAAGCAAGAGGUUGACGAUUAUAUGAAAUCACAAAUCGAUAAAGCCAAAUUCUUGGCUUCUUUACCUUCUAAGCUAAUUCUUGCUAAGGAUGAACAAGAGGACAGCAAAUAUAAUGUAUCAAUGAUGAAUGCACUUGUAUUCUAUGUAGGUGUAACUGGAGUCACUGAGGGUAUCCCCGUGAAUCAAGGAGCGCCUAUUCAAAUCUUCCAAUACCUACUGAACGAGCUCGAUUCGGAAGGUCGCUAUUUGUUCCUAAGUGCUACUGCAAACCAGCUCCGAUACCCGAACAGCCACACACACUACUUUAGCUGUGUCAUACUUUACUUGUUUGCAGAAAGCACAAAGGAGGUUGUCAAAGAGCAAAUUACACGAGUACUAUUAGAGCGUCUCAUUGUAAAUCGACCUCAUCCUUGGGGACUCUUGAUUACAUUCAUAGAGUUGAUCAAGAAUCCAAGAUACAGUUUCUGGAAUCACUCAUUUACACGAUGCGCUACAGAUAUUGAACGAUUAUUUGAAAGUGUUUCUAGGUCCAUUAAUCAAACUUAGAGAAAAUAAUGUAUAAAUUGUACAUAUGUUAGAUACUUUUCAACUUUUAUUUUGUAAAUUGUGUUUGCAUUCGAGAAAUCCCUUAUACCUUUUUUUUUAAUAAAGUUAUUUCUGUACUAUUUUUAUGUUUAUGUAAACGAGUUUU